AUGCAAGAAUUAGAGGGAUACUGGAAGUGGAGCGAUGGUCUCCUACAGAUCAUCGGUUUGUCUGAAGAGUACGUGAAAAUUGAACUCGAGCUUCGAAUCAAGGAGUAUCUAGACGAUAAUCUAGAGUUGGCCAGUACGACUGGCAGUCGAAAGAAUAUCUUGAAGAAGGCUAAAUGCAGAGAUUAUCUCGCAACGGCCCUGGUUUUGCAUUACUUUGAGACCUAUCUUGAUGACUCCAAGGAGGUUUGGGAGAUGUUGAAGGCUAAAGCGGAGGAAUGGAGUGAGGUCACCCUCCGUGCGAUGAACGAUGAAGACGGGUAUAUUCUGGAAAACGUCCUUGAGGCGUUUAUUAUUUCUCAGCAUCUUUGA